AUGGAUUCUUUUAGACCUCUGUCUGAAAGAAGACAGAAACAAAUCAGAGAAUGGCUUUUAACAAAUUUUUCUGAUUCUCACAAUCAGAGCGAUUGCUCUUUUAAUACCAUACCUCCAAGUACUAGAAAUAGUAACUCUGGAAACAGCAGUCUGGAAAGAUUGGAGCAGAACUAUGAAACUCCAAAUAACAGAGGGAAAAUUAACAAAACGCAAACCGACAAGAAGCAAAAAAUAAUUGUAAAUUCUGACAAAGUAAUUCAUUCAUUGUUGAAAGGUCAAACUACACUGGAUCAAUAUUUUAAAAAAUCUAAGAAUAAUUCUACAGUUUGCACACCAGAUAAUAAACUGAGGUUUUUACCAAAAGCACAAACUGAGAAGAAAGCUUCCUUAGUAAAUACAUAUGAAAGUAAGACUGUAAUGGAUUGUGCUAAUAUUUUAGAUAAACUGUAUGGUACAUCAUGGAGAGAUAAAACUAAUGUAUUACUUUCAACAACUAAGUUACAAAAGCCAUCUAAUCAACCAAUAAAUAGGAUUGUCCAAACAGAAAGGAAACCUGUAUCAAGGAAUCAGCAUCAUAUAAUAAUUUCAGAUUCGGAUGAGUCUGACUUCGUUGAAAAUAAUAUUAAACCAAAUCAAAGAAGAAAUAUUCAACGAAAAAAAAAAGAAACGGAUGAUUUUAUCAAUGAUGAAUCAUUAUCAAGUAAUGAUAGUGAAAGUAUAUAUCACAGUGCAGUAACAAAUCCUAUUACUUUUACAAAUAGUACAACUAAAUCCAUAUCAGCAUCAAUUAAACGGCUUCAGGCUAUAUGUGAUACAGAUACUGAAGAUGAAGAUGACAAAUCCAGAAGUCCCAAAAAUUUGCAGAGACGAAAAUUGUCAUUUAGUGAUGAUGAAAGUUCUAACACGAGCGAAUUUGAUCCUGGAGAUUAUGUACCACCAAAACACGUACGUGAUAAAGAAAUUGCCAAAAGACCAAUACCAUCCAAAGUAGCACCUAAAUUUCAAUCGACUGUGACUAAGUCUGUAUUAGGAUAUAAAACCUUUCUAGCAUCUUUGUCAAAUACGAUUCCAAUGUAUGAAGUUCAUCCGAAUGCAAAGAAAUAUAGGUUGGAUUAUAAAAAUAAUAAAGAUGAGCUAUCUAAAAAAUUGUAUCAAUUAUAUAACGAGAAAGUGUUUGACAAUAAGUUACCUCAAGAUAUGCCGAUUGAAUGGAACGUUCGUAUGAGAGGAACUGCCGGGUAUUGUUACAACAAGAAGUCUAUAAAAGGUAUUAGUGGUACUAUUAGUAAAUCUUCAAGGAUUGUAUUAGCAACAAAGAUUUUAGACACGCCAGAUAGACUAAGAGAUACUUUGAUUCAUGAAAUGUGUCAUGCUGCAUCGUGGAUAAUAGAUAAUGUCUCAGAUGGUCAUGGAGCUUUUUGGACGAGAUGGGCUAAGAAAGCAACAAAUAUAUUUCCUGAAUUGCCACCAAUUAGCCGAUGUCAUAAUUAUGAAAUUAAAACUAAGUACACGUAUAAAUGCACAAGUUGUGGAUACAGUAUUGGAAGGCAUUCAAAGUCCUUGGAUAUCGAGAAAAAGCGAUGUGGUUAUUGUUAUGGAAAAUUUGAAUUAUUAAUUAACAAAAUGACGAAAUCUGGUACCGUGCAAGUGCAGACACCGAAGAGAGAACCCACUGGGUUUGCGCUUUAUGUAAAACAAAAUUAUAACUCCGUGAAAAAAGAGAAAAGCAAUAUGAAGCAUGCUGACGUAAUGAAGCUUUUAGGUCAGCAAUUUUCGGCAAUUAAAAUAGCAAAGAAAACUGACGAAGCUAGCAGUUAA